UCACUUUAACAAUAAGAGAACCUCGUGGUUUACCACCGUCGUAGGGUCACUUUUCUAUGAACCAGCUCCAAUGCUAUUUUUUCUGGAGUUAUACAACGAAAUAAAAUCUUUUGUCACUCCUUUUCCUUGUUCAUUCCUAGGCAAACUCGUAAUCCAUGUUCAUUAACAACCCCUACUUUUGAAUAAAUCCAGGCAUUAACCGAGGCCAACCAAAAUUCCAGGAUUCAAUUAUUUUGCUUUUUUUAACUAUAUUUGUAUAGAAAAUGGAUUAAAAUAUUUUACCUUUUUUUAAUAAAAAUUUUUUUGGUUUUUUGAAUAAAUGAGAAAAAAUUUUUUUCUUUGAUUUUUAUUUUAUAACUAUUUAAUUUUUAUGUAUAUUUUUUAAUUAUUUUCAUUAAAAAAAAUUUUUUUAAUUUCAAGCUAUAUAGAAUAUUUUUCGAAAAAAAUAAUGGGAAUUGGUGGAGUUUUCUAUCGAACGUUUGGUAGACGUUUCUCUACACUUUUGUUGUUCUCUGCUGGUAGCGGUAUAUUUUUGGAUAUUUAUAUCAACAAAUUUGGACAAUUCAUUUGGGAUUACAAAAAUUAUGGAAAGCAGUGGAAGGACAUUAAAUACCGAUAUAUGGAAGAAUCUGAAUAA